AUGUCGGAGCCCGGGCCGGCGGGAGGAGCUGCGCGGGGGCCGCUUUCGCCUCGUCCUCCUACAUCUUCUCCGGAACUUCCCCGUGGGGGUCUGGAAUCGGCCCCCACUUUCAGUAAUGCUCGGCGCCGGGGCCACGCCGCGCCUCGGCCUGGGCCCCGCGCACGGCCCGCAGGCGGCUGCCGCUCGCGGCUGCCAUUUCUGCCGGCACGGCGCCCGCACGGCUCCGACGGGACGGGACGUCGGACGAACGAACAUCGGCACGCGAGCGAGCAGCGAAGGAAACGCAACCGCGGGGCGGGGCGGGGCCCUCCCUGGAACGAGGAGACGCUGCGCCGGGCGGGGACCGAACGGCCACGGGCAGCACCGCGCUGCUCCGCCCCGCGGCUGAGCGGCACCGCACGGCACGGCACGGCACGGCACGGCACCGCACGGCACGGCACGGCACGGCACGGCGAGAUGGUGCCGGAGCUGCAGAAAACCACGGUCCGCAUCCAGCAGCCGGAGCGCGUCAUGGGGCUGAUCCGCGCCAUCAAGGAGCAGGGCGGCAGCAAACUGCAGGUCAUCUCUGACUUCGACAUGACGCUGAGCAGGUUUGGGUGCAAUGGCCGGCGCUGCCCAACGUCACACAAUAUCCUCGACAACAGCCACGUCAUUAGUGAGGAUGGCAAGAAGAAGUUAAAAGAUCUGCUGCACCACUACUACCCCAUCGAAAUCGAUCCCAACCGCUCCCUGGAAGAGAAACGUCCCCUGAUGGUGGAGUGGUGGACACGGGCCCACGAGCUGCUGUCACAGCAGAAGAUCCAGAAGGGAGACAUUGCCCAGAUUGUCAGGGAGUCGGAUGUGAUGCUGAGGGAUGGAUUCAAUGAGUUGUUUGAUCAGCUGCAUAAGUACAACGUCCCCAUGUUCAUCUUCUCUGCUGGUGUUGGUGACAUCCUCGAGGAGAUUAUCCGUCAGGCUAACGUCUUCUACCCCAAUGUCCACGUGGUGUCCAACUACAUGGACUUCGAUGACAAUGGAGUCCUCAAGUGCUUCAAGAGCCCUCUAAUCCACACCUACAACAAGAACAACAGUGUGCUGCAGGGCACUGCAUACUUCCAGCAGCUGAGCACACGGACGAGCAUCAUCCUUCUGGGGGACUCCAUGGGCGACCUGACGAUGGCAGAUGGCGUUCCCAGUGUGGAGAACAUCCUCAAGAUUGGCUUCCUCAACGACAAGGUGGAGGAGCGGCGGGGGAAAUACCUGGACGCCUAUGACAUCGUGCUGGAGAGCGAUGAGACGUUGGAUGUGGUCAAUGGGAUUCUGCGGUUCAUCCUCAUGGAGACAUGAGCCGGGCAGCAGCAUCCCAACCCCGGCCCGUCAGCCAAGUACUGGGGGAUGAGCACCCUUAGCAAAGCUGGACGGGUGUCCCGGUACCUGCCUGAAUGCAUCCCCAUGCCGGGGUGAUCCCUCUGCCCCAGCUGUUGUUUUGUGUCCCAAACCUCACAGCUCUUCUGGUCAGUCUGGAGCUGAAGGGCUGAUCUGGAGGAAGCAAGGAGCCCGCCCUGCACUCCGCAUCCUCCUCAGCCUCCAGCAGCACCGGGGCCACAGCAAACAUUUGUGUUCUGGGGAGGGAUGUUCUGUGCUUCUCUCCAGUGGCUAAACACAGAAACAGGGACCGUUUGCUGUGGCUUGAGGGCAGACCUGGUUGGAGUUGAAGCUGUUUGGUUUUACUGCAUUCCUGUCUAAGGAAACAAGCACUGCUGCUCUUAUCCUGGUUUCUGUGGCCCCAAGCUGUGCAGGCUGAGCCCUGGCUGUGGAGAGAGAGCAGGGUGGGGUGGUCCUGCAGCCCCAGGAGGUGGGUGCUGGGGAUGAUGGGCAGCUCUGCUGGGUUUCCAUGGGCUCUGACCUCAGCCUUCACCCUGCAGCUCACUCGCCACCCUCCACACCAUGGGCUGCUAAACGUCACUUCUGGGCAGUGCAGAUCUCUGCUUCAUUGAAAUAAAAUCAUUGACUAAA